AUGUGAAACCAUUCCGGAUGUACAUCAGCUCUCUCACAUCUCUCUCUCUCUCUGUCUUGAUGGGCCGCUUCCUCCUGAGAUCCAGAGCAAAUGACAAAGAAUAGAUGGGUGUAGACGUGUUAGUCUCAGGUUAGCUUCAGGUCGCAGCCCGCGGGGCUGAUCGCUUAUUUCCACAGAUGCGUCCUCUGCUCACCUCCUCCGUUACUUGGAAACUGUCAGAAAUGUCCGCGGAAAGUUUUUCUCCUCGGAUGGAGGAGGAGGAGGUGCUGAGACAAAGCGGAGCUGCUUUCUCCUCCGUCUUGUGAUCACAGAAGACGUCAGGCUCUUCAGAGAGUGACACAAUGUCCUGGGGUGAGUUCAUCGAGCUGCGAGAGCUGCGCACCAACAGAGAGCAGAUCGAGCUGACCGCCACACAUGUUCCCUGCUCACCUCCUCGCCUGGAAAGAACCAACGCCCUGAGGAUCAGCCCGGGGAAGGUCCCGGACCUGCUGAGCCGGGUGGGCAUCAUCAGGGUCCUGAGCAGCACCCAGGACCCCCAGCUCCCAGAGGAGAAGGGAGAGGGACACACCUUCCAGCCCUGCAGCCACGCUCAGCCCACGUGGUGCGACCUGUGUGGAGACUUCAUCUGGGGCCUGUACAAGCAGAGCCUGCGCUGUGUCAAUUGCAGAUUCACGUGCCACUACCGCUGUCGAGCCCUGAUCCAGUUGGACUGUAGCUGGGACGGAGGCUCGCUGUCCGACCAAACAUGUGUCGUGGAACACGCCAUAGAGACAGACACAAACGUGGAUGAACAAACUGAAUGUGGAAAGCAGGAGUUGACAACUGCAGUUAUUCAGCAGAAGGUGAAGGAGUACAACUCUCAGAUCAACAGCAACCUGUUCAUGAACGUGAACAAGGACGGUUCCUACACUGGCUUUAUUAAAGUACAGUUCAAGCUGGCCCGACCUGUGUCAGUUCCGCCUCCUAAGAAGGGAGGUCACGAUGCUGGAGGCAGGAAGGCCAGCGGAGUGAAGCGUCGCACCUCUUUCUACCUGCCAAAGGACGCGUCCAAGCACCUGCACAUAAGCUCUCGCACUUCUGCUCGUGAGGUCAUCGAGGCCUUACUGAAAAAGUUCACUGUGGUGGACAAUCCUGCCAAGUUUGCUCUGUUUGAGCGCAGCGAGCGUCAUGAACAAGUUUAUGUUCGCAAGCUGUCUGAUAACGAGCGCCCCCUCCGCCUGCGACUGUCUACUGGACCUAAUGAGAAAGUCCUGAGUUUUGUGCUCAAAGAAAAUGAAACUGGGGAAGUCAAUUGGCAUGCCUUCUCCUUCCCUGAAUUGAAGAACUUCCUGCGCAUUCUGCAGCGUGAAGAAGAGGAGCACGUCAAGCAGAUAGUGCAGCGAUACGCCCUGGCCCGCACUAAGAUGCAGGAGACUCUGGCCGGCUCCACCCCCGGUUGAGGCGUCCCUGUGCCGGGGAUUAAACGUGCACUUCUUGGCUGGACAAUCGUCUGAUGAUGACCAGUCAUCGCUGCAUCCAAAGAUCCCAGAGAAUACAACUCAAAACGCCUCUUAGGUGAACGAGAGAGUGAGACAGGGCGCAAGACAAUGAGAGAGAGCUGGCGCGAAUGUGCGUGUGAGAUGAUGCGAGAGAUGAGAAGUGCCUUACACCUGGAGAGUCUGAUGUGCCUGAGAGAAUGAGUGGAGAGAAAUGAAGACUGGCAGAUGAGACAGCGGUUGUGACCGUGUUUGGGCACCAACUAAUUAUCCUGUACCUUAGCUGUGUCACUUUAGCUUUAAAGAAAUGUUAGCGAUGGUUUUAUUAUCAUAGGAUAUUAAAGACAAUCUCUUUGUCACCUUUAUAUUAGAAGUAAGUGCAGCAACUGUGUUUUAUAGUUGAGCAAUACAUCCUGAAAUUACAUUCCUGUUAUUUUUCCGGAAGACAAAAUUAUAAGAUGUCAAACUAGAAUGACACUCAGCAGGGCGCAAACCUUCACCAAGGCCCAACCUUAAAUUCAAUGAAGCUGCACCCAAUUGCGCACACUCAUAGAUGUCAGUUCCCUAAAUGUGUCAGAUUGUUGUAAUCAAGAUCUGUGAAUUACUUCUUGGGGAAUUGGUGAAAAUGCCACAGUAAAGACAAAUUCCCAGAUUUGCCCCUUUGUCCAGAUCCACACCAAAAAUAUAAAGGGUCCUGCUGACAAUCAAAUUAACCAACCAACAAACAUAACCUCAUUGGCGAAGGUAACAAGCUAUUUCUGCCCUUUUUAAACACAUACAAUCUGGUUUUGAACAACCCACCAUGAAAAACACUUCUUAACCUCAUACUGACAAUUUCCCAUCAGCUAUUCUUUAAAAAAAGUUUGACAUAUUUGCUGCUGAAAGGUAUUUGGAUUUUUAUUAGUCCCAGUCUCAGAAGAAUGCCAUGUCCUCUCCACACCCUUAGUGGGUGCAACACCUUUUUUAUUUUUCUAGUCGAAGUACUAGUUGCGUGUGUAUGACAUAUGUAUGAACAAAUGUAUGCCGUUAUGAACGUCUGGGAGACCGAUGUCACUCAGUUUGACUGGAAUCGUGAAUGAACAUGUUUCACUGAAAAGCUGUUUUCUUCAUUCCUUAUAUCAAUGUUUUAUUCUGUCCUUCUAUCAAAUGUUUGUCUUUAUUCAGCUUCACGUUCUUUAUAUUCAUCUUUGCACAAAUCUACAUGUUGUAGCCUGACAGCCUGAACAUAUGUGACGAAUGUGCACUGCGUUGAGUAAAGAAUUUCCCUAGUUCUGACAA